AAAAGACUAUAGUGGGAAAAGAGGCAAGAAUCCCAAUGGGUGCAAAUAGCGUCAGCCUUUAUUUUACGUUCUUCCCCCCCCCUCCCUUACAUUCCUGCCAAGUUAAUUCAUUGCCUUUGAGUUGCAUUCUAUUUUACAGCGGGUGUCAGUUUUUAACUAAAUAUCGUGUACAUUUACACGAGGGGGCUCAGGGAAUCGAUGGGAACUCCGCACACAUUCGCUUCAGAGGUGCCGCGCAGUGUGUGCAGUAGCAAUUUAGCGAAUUUGAUACCUUUUUCAUUGCAACUUUCUGGUUAACUGUGUCUCUGCUGAGAAUUAAAGGCGUACAUAGGGAGAGACAAGCGGGGGGCUCAGUGGCGGUGCAUCCACCCCUUGUAUCUCAAUUCAGGGUGUUCAUAAAAAUCUAAGUAUAUCCCACUGGAUUUUACUGUGGCUUCUGUUUUCUGGCUCGCUGUCAGCUCCGCCAUUUUGGAUGGGGCAACACUGGCCCAGAGGGCAAUUAAGGAUCAACCACAUUUCUGGAGCCGCAUGUAGGGCAGACUGAGCCAGUCGCAAACAGCUGGUGAGCCAUUAUCAUGAAUAGCAGAGUGGGAUUGGAGGUCCUGUUGCCUAGCAGUGUGACUGCACCCAGGGAUGUCAGCGUACAGGUAGUAAGCAGCAAUAGCUCUACUCAAAAUGAUCGCCUGUCAACUAAAGCCUUCAUUAUUCCAGUCAAUGCAACCGAGAAUAAUCGAAAACCUCAGGGUUUCUCCAGAGAAAAUCAAGGUGCUUCUUUGCCAGUUGAAGGGCAACAGUCCGACAGCGCUGUGCCAGUGACUGCAGCAAUUAGUCCGCAGACUACUGGAGCACACAAAUGUGACAUGGUCAGUGUUUUGGAAUGGAAAAAUGGCAUUGCUACCUUACCUGGGAGCAAUUUGAAGUUCCGAUUGAAUGAAUUUGGUGUCCUGGAGGUUAUCAGCACAGAAGGUAUUGUGACAGAGUCAAUGUCAGAGGUGUCUGUAGAGACCAACGCGAAAGCGGAGAGUGAUGCUUGCAGUGAGGCUAGCUGGAAUAUAACUUCUCCUAAUGAAUUGAAACAGACAGGUAUGUCUUACAUGAAUGAGCUGCCACAUAUAGAAAGUGCCUGCUGCUGUGUGAACUGUGGUCACUCUUAUACAGUGAAUGGAAUCAGAAGCAAUAGAAGGUUCUGCAGUGAGCUUUGCCUGCGGCAAUUUAAAGAGAAAUCGCUCAGAAUGGGAAGUGCAGCAAUCAAGAGAAGCGCUGGAGCAAUACUUAAACGGGUUAAAAAGAGAAAAAGGAAGGUGUGCCUAAGCCCUAGUUCAGAAUCAGAUGAAGAAUAUGAUUAUGAGUUGACUGAGCCAGAGCAGGUGGAUGAGAAAAAAGAAGAUUUAAAAAAUAUCAGGGCACACUUCAUGGAUGACAACAGUCACACGGAAUGUAGACAAAGUCGACUGAAUGAAUCCAGUUAUACAGUCCCUAGACAGACUGCCUCUGUAGUUGAAAAGAACAAAAUCUGGUCUUGGGCUUUAUAUUUAGAAGAAGAAAAGGCUAUUGCUGCUCCUGUCAAGCUCUUUCGUGAGUAUCAGUCCUUCCCACUGAAUAAAAAUGGUUUCAGAGCAGGAAUGAAGUUAGAAGGUAUUGAUCCUACGCAUCCAUCAAUGUACUUUGUACUCACCGUGUUUGAGGUUUGUGGUUAUCGUUUGCGACUCCAUUUUGAUGGUUAUUCUGAGUGUCAUGAUUUCUGGGUGAAUGCGGACUCUCCAGAUAUCCAUCCGGCAGGAUGGUGUGAGAAGACAGGUCACAAAUUACAUCUGGCUAAAGGAUACAAAGAGGAAGAAUUCAACUGGCCGAAUUAUCUGAAGAUAACAAAGGCACAAGCUGCACCAAAACAACUCUUCUUCAAUCAAAAUACAAUGAUUACCCCUUCGGGAUUUCGUACUGGAAUGAAACUGGAAGCAGUUGAUAGAAUGAAUCCAUCUCUAAUCUGUGUUGCUACAGUGACAGAUAUAGUUGAGAACAGGUUCCUGGUCCAUUUUGACAACUGGGAUGACACAUAUGAUUACUGGUGUGAAGCCAGCAGUCCAUACAUCCACCCCGUAGGUUGGUGUCAGCAGCACGGUAAACAACUGACGCCUCCGCAAGGUUACCCUCAUCCAGAGCAUUUUUCUUGGGACAAGUAUUUAGAAGAAACUGGAUCUUCUCCUGCUCCUGCUCGUGCAUUUAAAGUUCGCCCUCCACAUGGUUUCCAGAGAAACAUGAAGCUGGAGGCUGUAGACAGACGCAAUCCAGCGCUGAUUCGUGUAUCUACAAUUGUAGAUGUUGAUGAGCAUAAGUUAAAGAUCUAUUUUGAUGGAUCAUCCUCUGCUUACAGUUACUGGGUAGAUACUGAUAAUCCAGACAUACAUCCUGCAGGGUGGUGUGCCAGAACAGGACAUUAUCUCCAACCUCCAAUUAAACAAUCGGAUGCUUUAACUGAACCUGGACAAAGAGGAUGUCCAACUCCGGGAUGGAAAGCUAUUAGUCAUACAAAAAGUUCUAAAUAUACCACCCAUCAUCGGAAAUGCCCAACUCCUGGUUGUGAUGGCUCAGGGCAUGUUACUGGGAAGUUCACUGCUCAUCAUCGUUUGUCAGGCUGCCCAUUAGCUGAACGGAAUCAAGCACGGAUGAAGAUAGAGAUAUCAGAUGUGGAAGGAUCUUCCCGAAAAAGAAAUCUCUUAUCCUUUGGUCGAAGGAAGAAAUCAAGACAUCAUGGGAGGAUUGGUCGUCCACCUAAGUAUCAUAAGAUUCAACAAGAGGAAUUAAAAGUCAGUUUUCAGAACAUUCCAAAAGAUGGUAUGCAACAAGAGUUGCAUCAGUCAGUCUUUAUGUCUGCCAUGUCCCCACAUCCAGCUCGUUCAUUGUCCUUGUGCUGGGAACAACAUUGCAAGCUGCUUCCAGGUGUAGCUGGAAUUAGUGCCAGCAGAGUGGCCAAAUGGAGUAUUGAAGAGGUGGGAAACUUUGUCCAGACACUCACUGGCUGUGAUCAACAGGCAAAGCUCUUCAAAGAAGAGUCAAUUGAUGGGGAGGCUUUUCUUCUUCUAACACAAGUGGAUAUAGUGAAGAUCAUGAGCAUUAAACUUGGUCCAGCAUUGAAGAUUUAUAACUCGAUUCUUAUGUUCAAAAGUGCAGAUGAUACUUCAACAUGACAUUCCUCUGAAUUUAAAUGUAAUGUUAACAUUUAACAACAAGAAAUUUCACCAGUUUCUUUUACAUUGGUAAAUUUGUGCAAAAUGGGCAAGAAUAUUGAGAAAAUCAAAUUACAUUGUAGUUGUCAGUAUGUAUGUGGAAUUCCAAACAUUGCUUGAUUUACCUCGAGGUCUGUGAUAGAAUAUUUGGAUUAUAUUUCUAUUUAUGAACCCCAGUGAUCUGUUAUGUGGAAAUAUAUUGGAUUUUAUUGUGAUGAUUGGCAUUUGUAAUGUAAUGAAACAAUGAUUACUUUUUUAAUAAAAGUUAUGGAAAUACUACCGUACAGAUACAUACAUACAUUUAAAUUAUAUUUGGAUGCAUUUAAAUAAUGUUAAGUUUUGCAUCAUUGAACAAGUUAUGGAUAAAUUUAAUGACGAGUGACUAAUAUAAGGAAAAUGUUAUGUAUUUUGUAGUGCAUAUGUUUAAAAGGCAGAGCCUUAAAUGAGGAAUGCAGCUUUUCCAAUAUUUAUGAGUUUAAAUUUGGUAUUCCACUAAGAGUAUUUUACCAUAUUUAGACAAAGUGAAAAGUUGAAUAAAACUGCAGUUAUGUGAUGUUACCACAUCUCCUUAUAUGUGAAAUUUGUAUACUAUAAUAUUAUGGAACUGUAACCUUGUAUAUUUACUUGCUAGCUUGAGGGAACAAAGACAUGUCGGAUGAAUUUAGUAAGUAUAUAUCUAAUAUUACUGCAGCAGUUACCUCUAAACAAUAUUUUAGUUUCUGUGGUGAUCAACUUUGAUUUCCAUACUAAGCCGAGUGCAUAUAUUUUUACUGGAGCCAUUUGGAAUACCAUUUUAUCAUUUUAAAAAAAUACACUGAACACGUUUGGGCUGCUGUAUUGAUUCAUCUUACUUGCUGGAAAGACUAUCUAAAUGAGUUAAGAGUAAUGAAUAAAUGAUCUUGCUGAGA